UUUGAUUUGAUUUUUAUAUAUUUACUUAUUUUUACUUUUCCUAUCUGUGGCCAUGGCUUGGUUGUCGCCACAUUUUGAGUGGGUCAGGCUUCUUGCUCUCGUUUGUGGAAGUAGGUAGAAUGUUUUUCGUCUGCAAGAAUUCUAGGGGUGUUGUGACGGCCUUUUUAUAAUUAGUGACGAGGCGGGAGUAUUUGAGGCUCGGAUAUGGGGGCGAUUGUGACCACAGUUCUUGUUGUGGUAGCUCUUUUUCUCGGCUGGGGAGCUGUCGAGAUAGCUUGCAAACCAUGCAUGGAAUCAGGUCGGGCAGCCAUUAACAGGUCCCUGGACCUCGAUUACGACCCGGAUAAUGAAAUCGCCAACACACCGUAUCAGGAAGCUCCGAGUGCUCCGGAAACGAACCAGGAGCCCGGUUCGCCUAAAAAGUCCCACAAGGUAACCAAGGGCGAGACUUCAGAUUUCUGAGAAUAGUAAAUAUAUGUAUAUCAGCGGCUUUCUUUCCAAGUUAACUGCAAAACGUCGGGGUAGAAUGUUAUUUUUUCAUCGUGCUUCGAUAUUGAAAGCACUGGUUUUUUUUUAGAGUAAGGUUGUGGCGUGAGGUGUUCCUCAUCAAAGGAAUCCUUUCAGUAGGUCACACAAACUGCCAUCCACAAGCGUUCCAGCAUCAUUCAGGCCUUUCCGGUCCUAGGGCUGAACAUGGUUGUCAAGAAUGUUUGACGCAGGACUUGAACUCCCUGUAGUCGCAUUCAUGAGGGGUGCGUUUUGUACUUCUAAGAAGAAUUGUCCAGCUGUACAACAUGGAACCUCUAAUGCUGUGUAGUUUUCUUCAUAGGAAGCUGUGUAACGAUGAUGGCCUAUAAAUAACAUCUUUGUUCUGAGUUUCGAUGAGGAUAUCGACCUUUUAGUUA